AUGCAAGCUACCCUUUUGAGCGUUAAAAAAACAUUGACUGAAGCUGUUAAGAGCUCAGCAAUUGUGGAACAUAUAGGAGGGUUGUCCAAGACGACGUAUCACCACGUUCCACACUUGCUCACAAUGAGGAAAAAGGUGAUCUCUUAUUUCAGAAUGGGUGUUGCAAGUACGACAGUGUACUUGUGCAAACAGCCCAAGCUGAUAGUCUUGCUCGCACUGGAUGACGAUCCUGAACGUAAAGGCUAUCUUAAGAACAUGGCCUUUAAAACAGAAAGCUUAAACCAAGUAGAGGUUGUGUCUGUAGGUCUAAGCUUCUUCCUAGUAUGGCUCGUGCAGAAGGUCUUACUCAUUUAA